GCGCACUGCCGCUGUAGGACUGGGUCCUGAGCCUCCCUGCCCCAUUCCCAAACGCGGGGCUUCUAAAGUUCGGGCCUCGCGGCUCAGUGGGCUGACACUCUCCAUUGUGAGUGACAAGGAGAGAUUUUCAGAAUGGCUGCAGCUCCUCAAGCUCCAGGAAGGGGCUCUGUUCGGAAGACAAGACCUUUAACAGUAAAGACAUCGUUGAAUAACCCAUACACUGUCUGCUGGAGCGCGCUAGACAGAGAAGACAUGCACUUCAUACUACAGACCCUUGAAGACAGAUUUAAAUCUCUUGGGCUUCAGAAGAUAGAGGAUAAGAAGAAAAAGAAAAAGCAGUUUUUAAAAAAACAAAGCCCAGACAAAUGUAGCACAGAGGUUGGUAUGAGUGAGGAUCUGAAGGAGAAACACCCAGAAGAUAAUGAGCAGGGGUCAGGCUGGACUCCUGUCUCUGUCAGGAAGCAGCUGGCCAUUGGCGUUAAUGAAGUUACCAGAGCUCUGGAAAGAAACGGGCUGCUGCUGGUACUCGUGUGUAAGUCAGCCAAGCCUGCGCUCAUCACCUCACACCUGAUUCAGUUAAGUCUGAGCAGAUCUGUUCCUGCUUGUCAGGUUCCCCGUCUCAGCGAGACACUCGCACCGGUCAUUGGCUUAAAAUGUGUCCUGGCCCUGGGGUUCAGAAAGGACACCACUGCCUUUAUUGAUGAAGUCAAAGCCAUAAUUCCCCGAGUACCCAGUCUACACGUACCAUGGCUCCAAGGCAGACCGGAAGAGUCCAUGGAAAAUUUAGACACUGCAUCUUUGGAAAGCCAAGACAAAGAAAUUUUGGAGACUUCCUUUGAAGACCUCUCUAAACAUAAAAGGAAGCCUGUUGAAGGUCAGCAGGCUAUAGUGUUACAACCCCUUAAAAUAAAGAAAGUGAUUCCAAACCCCAAUAAGAUAAGGAAACCACCCAAAGGUAAAAAAACUUCAAAGUAAUUUUAUCUAAACUUGUCAUAUCACAGAGCUGUAAAAUGACGCUUUGUAAAGAAGCCUUGAAGCUAAUAAAAUGUGUUAUUUUUACAUAUAUUCUUGGGAUACUUUUAGUAACAUUUCUUCAUAUGUGUAAGACUAUAAAUAGGCUGAUGCUUAAGAACAAGUGCAGAACAUUUUCAAAAGCAUGAAUAUCAAAACAAAAAUUUAUUGAAACUAAUGUCCAUGCUUGUAUAAAUUCACUUUUUAAAAGGCCGGUACAAUGCUUGUAAGCAAGAAAUUCUGUAUCCUACAACACUUGACAUCUUUCUAUCAAACUUGGAAAAUGAGCCACAGUAAACAGGUUCUAGUUAGUAAUGCAGAUGAAACUGGACUGGAGAUCGAUCAGUUUUAAAAGAAAGAUACUAAACACCAAGCAACUGUCUUCAGAAACAUCAGAAAAAAUAAUUUUUUUUUUUUAACUUCCUGUUGACUUGACUUCGUAGGUAGGCGUAUGCAUGAACUUAAUGUUUAUAGGAAAAAGCCAGAUAAUGGUAUUCUGAACGGUUGAAAUUCAUCCCUUAACAUGGUUAACUUAUUUCCUUGGAAAUUUAACAUGGUAAAAAGUACGCUGAUAAUCAGGUCAAACAUAGAAUUAAAAAAUAAAAUGAGCUUGAGGUCUCAGAGAUGGGUUUGUGCAAUGACUGGGGUUCUUCAUGUUAGGAAAUGGAGUGUAAUCAAUCCUCUAUGUCUGGGUUCAAGUGUCUGCUAUUUGCAGUAUGUGUUUGGAAAAGGUCCUUUUGUUAUUUAGGAAGGUACUGGACUGCUGAAGUCUACUUUCAGCCUAAAUUCUGGCUGACUCUUGGAUUAUGCCACCUCUGUUCAUUUAAAUUUUACUAAAUGCCAUCCUGGCUGAAAAAGGGGGCAGGAGAGGGAAAGAGAUCUCACGGAAUAGAGCAUUUCCACUGUUGACAAAGAUGAAGGACAACGCUUUUUUCAAUCUGUAAGACACUGUAUAUUGCAGUGAAAUUUAAUCCUAAUAACUAUAAACACAAGCAGUUUUAUUAUUUUUCAAUUUUGAAAUGUUCACUGGUAAUCUCUCUAAAUUAUGACGAGGCCAUAUAAAGAGGAAAACAUGCUAUUAAUUGCUGUAUUUAAAAAUGAGUAAAAGCAUCUGAAUUCUGUAAACAAAUAAAGUGCCACAGUUUUAUCACAAGGUGAGCUUGUGAUAUACUGACUGGCAGUUCUGCAAUCAUCUGAAAACCUACAUCAUCAUUAAGAUUGUGCCUUAAAAAUGAGUGGAACACAAUUCCCCACUAAAGCCUUGACUCCAGAUUAAAAUCCCAUUUACUUAAUUCUUGAUGUUUUGGUGGAUUGGUUCAGUUUUGCUUCUGAAGCUACCUUCCUUCUUUUAAAAAAGAAUGGUAAUGCAGUGGAGUCCGAACCAUCCGAUAUGAGAAGUCUUCUCUGGAUCUUCAGAGGUAUAAACGCUGCUGUCUGAAUUACGCGCUACCGUGUAGUCCCCGAAUGCCCUCUAGUGGUAGUCACAGCUGUGGGUUGGUCUUUAGGAUGAUGGUAGGAAGGUGUAUAGAGUGGCUUUCAGCUCUAGUGUAAAUCAGGGUCAAUAAAUCCCCCCCCCCUCCCCCCGUAAAGGGCCAGAAGGUAAAUGUUUCAGCCUUGUGAACCAUACAGUUCCGUCAGAAUGACUCAACUCUGCCCUCGUAGCAUGCAGCAGCCACAGGAGACAGAAGCAAGUGAGUGUGACUGUGUUCCAAUAAAACGUUAUGGAUGCUGAAAUUUGAAUGUCCUACAUUUUUCACGUCACAAAAUGUUAUUCCUUUGAUUCUCCCCUCCCCGUACCCCCUGCAAACCACCAUUCAAAAAUGUAAAACCAUUCUUAGCUCAUGGGCCAUCGUUUGCUAGCUCCUCCUGAUGUGAGAUAUGACCGGUUUCAUUUGACCACUUAGAACAUAAAGGAAAGGCUGUCAUGUUAUCUAAAAUUAAAUUUUUCUGGACUGAAGAGCCUAGGCACUGGUACAGUAAAGGCAGGAAGAAGGAUCUAUUCUGUGUAAUAGGAGUCAAGGCCAGUUCUCCAUGGCCUCAUUUGGCAUAUUCUUCCCCCUUGGACUACGGGCAAUAUAUACACAUAUAUGUACACUGCGAAAACCGGGUUUCCAAAUUGUAGAUAAAAACACCAUCAGUAACAAAAUUAUGAAUACUUAUUUACAUAUAAGACAUUUUACAUUAGCAUGACAGCUUUCAUGAUAAAGUCAGCAUAAAGGAGUAUGUGCAAUUCUGCAAUAAGUAAUAAAAACAUUCAAGUCCUGGCAGCACUAAUAAAUUCCACUGAGCAUUUCUUUUGACAUUAGAGCUUUUAUUUUCUUUGCCUGACAUUGCUUGCUGCCUCUGAGAAGACACGAGUUUAUGUGGUGGCAGCGAAGUCUACACAGUCACAGGUGUAGACUCUCAACAAUGUUUGCACAAAACUCUGCUUUUGAUUUGCUUUUGAACCAAUCCACUGAUCUGCUGGAGAUCAAAGUACAGAUGUGUGUGUUUAUUUAUUUGGCAACUCUGCUUCUGAAGAAAUAAAUGUACCUCCUAGUCCCCGGUACAUUUUUAUCUCCCUCUAUAUGUCAACAUGCACCCACUCGUCACUGAGUUAUGGAAGUGCUCAUUCCCUAAACGCUCCCCGUGAUUCCGUGUAA